AUGACCGGAGGACGUCUUCAGGGCAAGAAUGCCAUUAUAACCGGUGCUGCUGGUGGAAUUGGCCUGGAGACAACCAUUCUUUUCGCACGAGAGGGCGCUGCUGUUCUCAUGGCGGAUAUAUCUGAACCAGCUCUCGAAGCUGCGCUUGCCAAAGUGAAGAAGGUUGCUCCGGCGGGCUCAAAAGUAGAAACGGUUAAAUGCGAUGUUUCCAAGGAGGCUGAUGUCAAAGCUAUGAUCGAUUCAUUGGAUUCAUGGGGUGGCAUGGACAUUAUCUUUAACAAUGCCGGUAUUAUGCACGCAGACGAUGCCGACGCCAUCGACACUCCAGAGAAGAUCUGGGACCUGACUCAAAAUAUCAAUGUUAAGGGUGUAUGGUUCGGAUGCAAACAUGCUGUUGCUAGUCUUCGCAGGAACAAGAAGACCAAAGGAAGCAUCAUCAACACUGCUAGCGUUGUUGCUCUCGUUGGUAGUGCCACUCCACAGCUUGCGUACACUGCCAGUAAGGGAGCCGUGCUGGCCAUGACUAGGGAGCUGGCAAUCGUCCAUGCCCGGGAGGGAUUCCGAUUCAACUCGCUGUGCCCCGCCCCAUUGAACACCCCUCUACUUCAAGAUUGGCUUGGUGAUGACGCUCCAAAGCGCCUUAGACGUGAGAUUCAUUUCCCUACUGGCCGAUUCGGAGAGGCCGUCGAGCAGGCGCAGGCCGUUUUGUUCUUGGCUAGUGAUGAGAGCGGUUUCGUCAAUGGCACUGAUUUCGUCGUUGAUGGCGGCAUGACCAAGGCAUAUGUCACCCCUGAGGGACCGGCAACCGAAGCCCCUAAGAGUCUUGCUGCGUGA